ACGAGGGAUCAUCGACUGAUUUCUAAGAAUUUCUCGACAAAAACAUUUCAUCGUUAAUCCAUCUCAAAUUAAAACCUCUUACCGAGGGAAUAACGAUGGAUUGCUAAAAAUCACAGGCCUUGCCCUCGCAAAUCGCUCGCAGAAAAUUGACGCCUCAAUUUUUCAUUCCCCACAUUUCUUCUUUUCUCGCCUUGUUUUAUUUUCAUUCCCACCGAUUUCUUUCCAAAGCCCUAAUUUACCUAUCGAUUUCUCGCCUCAAAUCCCUCUCACAUCCUCUUUGGCUUCCGAUUCGUCUCCAUUCCUCAUUGACUCAUCGUUUCCCAACUCCGUUCAAUCCUUUAUUGUCUCUUCAGAUCUCCUAGUAUAACUGAUCAGCAAUCUCCACCUCUAUCAUAAACUCGAGAAAAUUAAUAUGAAGUGGUCUUCAUCAACUUUCUGAUAAUCGAAAUAUUCUGGAUUUGAGUAUAAAUUAGCAUAUGGAUUCUUUUCUAGAUUUGAACCGAUAUGAAUUUGGUACCGUGUGUAGGUAUUUGACAAGGGGCUCAAAAUCAAAACGGCAACAAUCAUAAGUUCCAAUUUCUAUACCUAUUGUCGGAGCGCUCAAGUGGUCGAUCUCCUGGUUUCGGAUAUGUAACCUUUGCAUCAGUUGAAGAUGCCAAGGCAAGUUAUUGUUUAUUACUUUAUUUAAAAUUUCUUAUUAUAUACAAGAUUGAUAGAUCUUCAUACUUGUUAAUUUAAAUCAUUUUAUGAUGAUAAUUUUUAUAUCUUGCACUUGCGAGUGAACACUUCCCAAGAAAUAGAGCACUUGAAGUAAAAAUAGCCACACAGAAGGAAAUGAGAGCACCUUCAAAAAAAAAGUCACCAGGAUAUUUGUUGCUAGAAUUCCUCCCUCAAUUACAGAAGAUGAAUUUAGGAGCCAUUUUGAUAAAUUUGGUGAAAUUACGAAUUUGUACAUGCCCAAGGAUCCAAGUACCAAAGGGCAUUGUGGAAUUGGUUUUAAUACUUUUGCAAUUGCUGGAGAGGAUUGACCACCUACUCUAUCCUAAUCAUGGAUAAGGAAUGAUACAUGAACAUCUUCAGUUUUUCCAUUUUCUUGGAAUUAUAUUCAGAAAGAGAAUUAUUGAACAAGCUGGUGUUGUUUUGACACUUGAACCUAAGCCAAUUGAGGGAGACUGGAAUGGAGCACGAUGCCACACUAACUACAGCACAUUAAACAAAAAGGCGAUUCUCAACCUUUCCCUUCGCCACUCAGACCACAUCAGUGCUUAUGGUGAAGGAAAUGAAAGAAGAUUGAUAGGAAAACACGAAACUGCCAGCAUCAACACAUUUUCAUGGGUUAUUUGGAAGACAGGCGUCCAACAUCAAACAUGGAUCCAAACACAGUGAUUGGAUUACUUGCAGAAAUUACUCUCCUAUGGGAGCCUACUCUUGAGGCUGAAGCACUUGUUGCUCAGAUAUACCUUGUUUUUUUUAUAUAUUUUUUGGUCGGAAUCGGAAUUUAAUUCCAUUCUUGUCCUGUAUUUAGUUUGGCUAAUUCCAUGGGUAUCGGAAUCCAAUUCAAUUAUGUUCCUUCUUUCGGAUGCAAUGCAAGAUAUGAAGCAAUGAAGAAUAUGUAUGUGGAAAUGCAAAAUACUAGACAAAAUUGAGAUCAUGGUAAACAUUGAUAUUUGAUGUUUUUGGAUGUUUUGUUAAACUUUGAUAUUUGAUAUUGGCAUUUUAAUAUUAGUGUUUGGUUUUGGAUUGUAUAA